AGUAUUGAGCAAGAAUUGGUGGAAACAGCAAGAUUUCGAGGAGUCAGCGAAUCUUAGGGAAUCAAUUGUGCUUUCCCCGAAGAGUGGAUGGGUCUCUGGGGAAGUUCUGUAGUGAACAAAGCCUUCGCCCGAAUGGGAACUCCUGGAAAUAAAGCCCUGCAGUAAAGACGGCAGGGUGCAGUCCCGGCUCCCGGCGCGCCGAGCCCCCCAGCAGGGCGGGGGCACCGCGGAAGAAGCGCCCCAGAGGAGAGCGCCGCGCCGCGCCCCGCCUGGCGCCAGUUCUCCAGCGCCCGUGGAGGCAUCUGCGCCCCUAGUAGCCAAGCUAUUUUUGGAAGGAAGAAAGAUGGAAAGCGGUGCAGUUCUGCUGGAAUCCAAAUCCUCCCCAUUUAACCUACUGCAUGAGAUGCAUGAGCUUCGCCUCCUGGGUCACCUGUGUGACGUGACAGUCAGCGUGGAGUAUCAGGGUGUCCGCAAAGACUUCAUGGCCCACAAGGCAGUGCUGGCUGCCACCAGCAAGUUUUUUAAGGAAGUGUUCCUUAAUGAGAAGAGUGUGGAUGGUACUAGGACUAAUGUCUACUUAAAUGAAGUGCAGGUUGCUGACUUUGCUUCAUUUCUUGAGUUUGUCUACACUGCAAAGGUACAGGUGGAAGAAGAUCGGGUGCAGCGAAUGCUGGAAGUGGCUGAAAAGCUGAAAUGUUUGGAUUUAUCAGAAACUUGUUUUCAAUUAAAGAAACAGAUGUUAGAGUCGGUACUUUUGGAGUUGCAAAAUUUCUCAGAGUCUCAGGAGGUGGAGGUGAGCAGUGGCUCCCAAGUUAGUGCUGCUCCUGCCCCCAGGGCAAGUGUGGCCACCGAUGGCCCUCACCCCAAUGGUCUCACGGAUUCCUUGGGCUACCCAGGAGAGAGAGCCAGCAAUGGCAUGUCUUCAGAUUUGCCACCGAAGAAGUCCAAGGACAAACUAGACAAGAAGAAAGAGGUAGUUAAACCUCCCUACCCUAAAAUCAGGAGAGCUAGUGGAAGGCUGGCUGGGAGGAAGGUCUUUGUGGAGAUCCCUAAAAAGAAAUAUACGAGAAGACUCCGAGAGCAGCAGAAAACUGCUGAGGGUGAUGUGGGGGACUACAGGUGUCCCCAGGACCAAAGCCCGGACAGGGUGGGCACGGAGAUGGAGCCGGUUUCCAAAAAUGAGGGUUGCCAGGCAGGUGCUGAGUUGGAGGAAUUGUCAAAGAAAGCAGGGCCGGAGGAGGAAGAGGAGGAGGAGGAGGAGGAGGACGAAGAAGGGGAGAAGAAGAAGAGCAACUUUAAGUGCAGCAUUUGCGAGAAGGCGUUUCUGUAUGAGAAGAGCUUCCUGAAGCACAGCAAGCACCGCCACGGCGUGGCCACCGAGGUGGUGUACCGCUGCGACACCUGCGGCCAGACCUUCGCCAACCGCUGCAACCUGAAGAGCCACCAGCGCCACGUGCACAGCAGCGAGCGCCAUUUCCCAUGCGAGCUGUGCGGGAAGAAGUUCAAGCGCAAGAAGGACGUGAAGCGGCACGUGCUGCAGGUGCAUGAGGGCGGCGGCGAGCGGCACCGCUGCGGCCAGUGCGGCAAGGGCCUGAGUUCCAAGACAGCGCUGCGGCUGCACGAGCGCACACACACGGGAGACCGGCCCUACGGCUGCACCGAGUGCGGCGCCAGGUUCUCGCAGCCGUCCGCGCUCAAGACGCACAUGAGAAUUCAUACAGGGGAAAAACCUUUUGUCUGUGAUGAAUGUGGUGCAAGAUUCACUCAGAACCACAUGCUGAUUUAUCAUAAAAGGUGUCACACAGGUGAAAGACCUUUUAUGUGUGAAACAUGUGGCAAGAGUUUUGCUUCUAAGGAGUACUUAAAACACCACAAUAGAAUCCAUACUGGAUCCAAACCCUUUAAAUGUGAAGUAUGUUUCAGGACUUUUGCCCAGCGGAAUUCGCUCUACCAGCAUAUUAAAGUCCACACAGGGGAGCGCCCCUACUGCUGUGACCAGUGCGGCAAGCAGUUCACCCAGCUCAACGCCCUCCAGCGCCACCGCCGCAUCCACACAGGGGAGAGGCCAUUCAUGUGCAAUGCGUGCGGACGGACAUUCACCGACAAGUCCACUCUUCGGCGGCACACCUCAAUACACGAUAAGAAUACUCCAUGGAAGUCUUUCCUUGUCAUUGUAGAUGGCUCGCCCAAGAACGAUGACGGACACAAGACUGAACAGCCUGACGAAGAGUAUGUGUCGUCCAAGCUUUCGGAUAAAUUGCUGUCUUUUGCAGAAAAUGGCCAUUUCCACAACCUGGCUGCAGUCCAAGACACUGUACCUACCAUGCAGGAGAACAGUUCUGCUGACACAGCCUGCAAGGCAGAUGACUCCAUGGUGUCCCAGGACACCCUCCUGGCCACCACCAUCAGCGAGCUUAGCGAGCUGACCCCACAGACAGACUCGAUGCCCACACAGCUUCACUCUUUGAGCAACAUGGAAUAAGAGCUUCAAGCAGUUCCCAUCCUGUUAAGUCUGCGUGUGUGGUAGCUGAACUCAAGAUGAUGUGGGGCUAAGAAAAAUAAUUGUCCAUGUGCAAAGAUGUGGGCAAGAAUGGCCUCUGCAGAUUUUCCUGAACUUCUGCUAACUUGCACGGCUUUAUCACAGCAUUUUUAAAGCUUUCCCUCAAAAAUCCUGAUCUGCAUGAUCUCAGCUACUUUAUUGACAAAAAGGCAGUGAACAUAACCUCACUUAAUUCUGGUGUAGGGUGUAUGUGUUAAUCGUUCUAAUUCUUGAUUAUCUAGUUUAUAGAUAACUGCUGGUCUUAAUUGCAGAGUACAGAGAACUGAACCAGCUCCUGAUAUUGUAGUUAGCAGUCUUCCUGGCUUCUCACUCUGCCUUAUAUUUCCAUGUGGGUUUACUUCUCUCAUAACUACUUUCAAGGUAUUUUUCUUCCAAGCUGAAAUAAAACUGGGGCCACAUAUUUUCAGUCAUUUCUUCCCUGUUGAAUUGAAGCAAAUCAGAUUUUCUGUGGAGACCCUCAAAUGCAACUGAAGAAAUAGAUUGUUGCAUUCAUUCCUCCCCACCCCGCAUUUGUAGGCAGUAAACAAAGUAUGACAGAUUGAACACCUGCAAAACUGCUAGCGUAAUCUCAGCACAUACGCAGCUAGGAAGUUUGUCAUAAAAUCAACUUAGAAAUGAGAUGAGGCUGUUCAGUUUCAGUCUUAAAAAAAUCAGAUUAGGUAAAAGCUGUCCUACCAAAGAGUCUAGCAAAACAAUAUAGUAUUUUUUUGCAGAGGCAUGAAAAAUUAAGACGCUUUAGAGUACUUGAAAGUUGUGUAGUCAUUUUAUUUGCAAAAUGAGGUGACUGUGGCAAAUUAUAGAACACAGAGUAUUAUUAUUUUUGCCAGGUUUUUCUGACUUGAUUUCUGUAAUUUCCAGAAACCCAGACUUCUCGUUUCCACACCUAGAGAUGGAAACAGGCAAGUAACUGACAUGUCUAUUUCCUUGGGAGCAUGUGAGAACAUAGCAGUAGGGACCAAAAGUCUCAGCACACUUACCUCCGAUUAUGCCUUAAAGAGUUGAUUGUGAAGAACCAGUAACUUUGUCUCAAAUGCUUCUUUGGCUGUUUCAUGCAGGACUUAAUUAUUGCUUUAAAAAAUUCACAAUGAAAAGACGAUUCUGCUGUAUUUGUUAAACGUUGACAUUUGGUUCUAGGGCCUUGAGUAUGUGCCACGUGCUUGUGAAAUGCUAUGAUUCACAUGUAACAUUUAAACAUUAAUUUAAAAAGGGAACCUUGGAGAAUUCUUUUGUUCACUAGUUCCUUUUUUCUCGACAUUUUUAAUUUAUUAAACUUGCUGUGAAAACACUUUGAUUUUCUAAGAGGAAGGUACUUUAUCCUUAAGUUCCAGGAUGAAGAUGUAGCUGCACUAUGCCAGAAAUUAACGAGGGAAGACUUUCUUCCUAAGUGCUUAUGUUUUAACUUAUGUUAGUGAAACCACUACAAGGUGUUUCAGGCGCUGAUAACAUGCUUCACACCUGCCCUUGGAGGUCACAGUACUAAUUUACUUCAAAUUUAGUUAUGACAGUGUCACUGUAUCCUAGUUAUGUUUACAGAACAAAUAAAUAAUGACGGUCACACAUCCAGAGGAGACCGAACCUGCCCAGCUGAUGUACUGUUUUAUGGAAUACAGUCACUUGAUCAGAAGGAAUUGAAACAAUAGAUCAUUUUGUUACCUACUGGAGGGAUUUUUGUCUUGAAUUUGUUUCCUUAGAAAUUCUACAAAAAAAUGUUGUUAAUAAAUGUCUGCUUUGUAAAAGCAGUUUUGCAAUUUUUUAAAGAUCUAUUUCUGUUAUAAUUUAGGUUCUGCAGAAAUAUGAUUCUUAAUUGAAACAUAUAAUUUGCUUAAUUACGUGAAUAAUGAAAUGUAAAAUCCAGGUCCAUAAGCCUUUAUUUCAUACAGUCCUAGGAUUAAGCUGUUUAACUGCUUGGAUCCCAGUUGGUCUCUGGCAGUGGGAUCCUGGAGAGGAGAAAUCCUGGCCUCUGCUCAUGCGCAGGCCACAACCGGGCUGGAAGUGCGGUUGAGCUCUCUGCCACUUUCUUCAAUGUAAAAAGUAGGCAUCAAAGAUACGACUUCUACUAUAUACAUUUCUCUGUCCCUGAGAACAGAGAAACCUAACCCUGUAGGGGACUGGUUACAGAGGACCUCCUGGAGCAUCUGCCCCAUUCCUCGAAGUCCAAGCACACCCAUGCUGAGUGGAAGCGAGGCCACCCUCUGAGUGGAUUGGUCCCAAGUGUGUAAUGAGGAAAGUGGCCAGGUGCCGGCACAGUGCCUCUCCCAGAGCCUCAAGAAGGGCCAUUUAGGAGCUUGCUUCAACCAUUUUCCAACCAUUUUCUGUGAAAUACUGUCAGCCCAAACUCCAAAGGGAUGUGCAGCUUUUCGUUUUACCAAAUUCUUUGCUGUCGUUUGGAAAAAAUGGGCCAUGUGGUGGAGACCUUUAUUUAAGGUGAUUUUUACAGAAAUGUGAUUUUGCUGUAGGUGAUUAUCCAAACAAGUAAAUUUGAGUGUAUAAUUUAAUUUUUAACCUGUUAAAUAAACCUUGUCCCUCCAA